CUCUGAAAAAUGUUGAAAAGCUUUCUGGAGAUUUGGAUGGUGCUAAAUCUGGCGAUCAGUCAUUAUUUCCACGUUCUUUAUCUGCUGAAGAUACUGAUGCUGCAUUUCGAGAAAGACUGAAAAACAUGGGGAAAAUGUCAAGGAAAAAGUUUGCUCAACUGGCAAGUAUUUUUUCAAGACGAAAACGUGCAUUCAAGCCUAUUUUAGGUGAAGGCAUCAAUCCCUCACGGGACAAUUUACUAUUACAUGAAGACGAGUAUUCUGAAUUAUCUGAAGAUGAUUCUGAUACAGACUGGAACAAGAAAGGCAGCUGGAACAGUCAUCUUGGAUUAUCUGGCAAGGAUUCAACAUUAAAUCAUCACAAAAAUGAUCACAGUUGAAAAACCUGCUUCAAAUGCAACGUUUUUAAUUUAUGCAGAUGAUAAAUUCAAGACUUUUCAUCCUUGAAGAAUAUGGAAUAUUGUACAUAAUUCCCCAAACUAAUCAAGUUAUGCAUCAAGCCAAAUUAGUGUAAAAAUAAGUAAAUAUGUGUAUAUAUGUAUUAUUUUAUGCUGUAUUUUUCGUUAACAAUAACUUGUGUGCCAAUUCUUUCAUGUGCCAAUAUUUUUAAUAUUUUUAUACAAAGUUUUAAUUUAAAUGUAUUUUGCUUGUUAUGAUAUUUUGGUGAAAAAUUAAGAUAAAAAGGAUAGUAAAAAGAUAAUAAAAUAAAAGAUUAGAGAUUUUGAAGUAAAAAGAUCAAUCAAACCUCAUUUUAUGGUCAUUUAUCUUAUAGUGACAUAUUUCUGUCAAGCCAAAUGUAAUUGCUUCAAUGUUAAUUGCAUAUUGUGUCAAAUCUGAAAUAUUAGUAUUACUUUAUGUGCCAUUCAAAUUUACAAGGUAAUCUAUUUUAAAAAUUUCAGUAUUUUCCAGAAAAUCUUCCUUUUAUCUAUUUAAACUUUUAUGUUGUUAAUUGUUAUGAUUUUUAAGCUUACUUGUACUACUCACCUGGUUUCUUUCUCAUAUGAAAGGAGUGCCAAAGUAACAAAGUAUGGUUUUAAAAAGCAGGCUAAGGAUCUGAACAUGAAAAUUAGCUUGAAAUGAUCAUGUGACCAUAGCUCCAGUUUUCAUUUAGGAAUUCCUCAGAGCAAAAAUAUGACACUAUUCUUCUUUUUAACUUUCUUCGACAUCUUUAUAUUAGCAAAGCUGCAAUAUUUUGGGUGAAUUAAAAUAUGUUGAUGUAGGUGACAAUGUUUUAAUCUGACAGUCACAUAAUUCUGUGGGCUGUCUUUCAUAGAUAUAUUGGUAGGAAAGGAGUACUGGUGAGACUUUUAAUGCCUAGCAUGAGGAUAUUUUCAUUGGAAAUGAUACAGGAUCUUAAGAUGAUACUUUAUAUAUUUAAAUUACUAUAACAAGAUUUUUAAUUAUGAUAUCUAAUAUUACUGAAAACAUUUGAGAACUGUUAGAAAUUUAGAGCUGUUUCAUUUUUAAAACUGAAAGAAAACCUUCCAAUGUUAUGAUUUCCUCUAAUAGUGUUUCAUUUAACUGAAUUCCCUGUAUAGUGUUGUAUAUAAAUAAAAUUAUAUAAAUUAUUUUUAAACAGAACAUCUCUGUUAUUCUAACUUUAAUUACAUUAAUUAUAAUUACUGAAUACCUAAAAUUAAGAGAAUAUUAGUAUUUAUUUAAAAAUACCUGUUUGUCUUCUGUAUAUUAUUACAUAAUUUUAUUUUUGAUGGCCUUCCUUAUGUACUGAGUUGCCUUAUCUAAAGGAUCUUUUUUGCCAAAUCCCUGAAUGUGACCUUAUAAUGAGGUUUGACUGUAUUUUAUUGUUGGCUAUGUUUUUGAUAGUGUCUAUAAUUCUCUUUCUUUGGAUAGUAUUGAAAUAUAUUUUUUUGUUACAAAAGUUUUAUCUUUUCAAAUGUGAAACAUUUACAUAUAUAUAUUUCUACAAUGAAUUUAAUUUUAGAAAUUUGUGCUAGUAAGUGGAAAAAUUACUCUACUUUUUUGGAAAUAGCAUCUAUAUUAUAAAACAAAGAUUUGCUUGUAUAUUGUAGAGAGAAAAGGUUUUGGUCAAACAUUUAAAAACGUUUAAGCUAUAUCAAGAUUUGAAUAUAAAGGAAAUCUUUGGAAUUUAUACACAUUUAUUUAUUCACUUGUUAUGUAAUAAAUGUAUAGGUCAAUGUAUUUUUUAACAUUUUUUAAAGAAUUUUAAGUUGAUUCUAAAUAAAUUAAAGAAAUUUUAUUCUUAUUCUAAUAAAUUUUUUAUAAAACCAUAAACCAGUAUUAGUAUUCAAAGCCAUUUAAUAAUCAAUAUUAUUUGUUUGAGCAUUUUGAUAGGGUGGGAAAAGUCUUCACGUUUGAAAUAAAUGUGAAUCUUUGAGAUAUAUGAUCAGAUAAAAUGUGUUGGAAAGGAUUUUGUAUUUUACAUCGUAUCUGUUAAAUUUUUUAGCCUUACUACAAAUACAUUGUAACCAUUAGAUGGUUAUUUACUAUUUACUUCAGCAAAUUUUAGUGUUUAUUUUCGAAAUUUGGAAUGUUGUACUUAUGAUGUGAAUUAUUUAUGAACUAUAGUGACAAAAAUCCAUUAGUUAAGAACUACAUAUAAUUGCUUUAUAAUACAGUACAAAGUCUGUAAUCCGGACUCAUCGGGACUUCGGCGAUUCCGGAUUAGGGGCUUUUCCAGAUUAUAGAUCAUCAAUUUAAAUCUGGUAAGAUGGCAUGCAGAAAUUAUACUGUU